AUGACAUUUGAAGAGCCUGCUCGGGACAUUGUUCCAGACGUCAUUGACAUCCUGCGGCGCUUUUCUCACCAUGUAACUGAUGAUCCAUCUCGUGAGCCAGCAGUUUUUGGUAGCUCUACACGAGAGAAACUUCGCUCCUUCAUUUCCCAGGCAAAGCCAAUCAUCUUAGUCCUCCCGGCAUUUCCCUGGAAGAAUAGGAACCUGGACAAGGUCAUCGGCCGACACCCAGAUCUCGGCGAGGAACUCGGCCUGGCGCGCCUCAACCAUGUCUGUGAAGAAAUUCGGAAGGUUUACGUACACGGCGCAUUACUGCAUCUGAUUGCGGAUGGCCCCGUGUACAAUGAUCUCCUUGGAAUUCCGGAUGCGGAAUACUACGCAUAUGGGCUGCAACUUCGAGCUCUGGCGGACAAAAAGGGCUUCGGGAGUAUCCACUUUCUGCGGUUGCCGGAUUUGCUCCAAGAUGGAAACAGCGAUGAACUCUCCACCGACGACUACCUUUCCUCUGUUCCCUCGUGGCGCGCCCGCUUGGAAGCAGAUUUCCUUGAUGUUAACUUUGACGUUGACCAGGAAGUAUUGAAGAACGAAGACACACGCCUUACGUACCAGGGAUAUGUCCGGUUGGCAGAGGAAGAUCUGAAAUGGGGCGUCCAGUUUGGUGGGAAGAAUGUGGAGCACACGGACGCAUACACUGCGGCUGCUCAAGACGUAGCCAAGGAUAUGAUCCGACGAUUAAUCAUGGAAGAGUUCUCACAGGUUUCUCUAAAGACUUUCGAGAGGUGUACGACUUGGUAG